CGGCCGGGUUUAUUUUUGGGUCAGUGACAGUGUGUCAAUGGCCGCAGAUGCGUCGGAAAGGAAGGCUCUGAGAUACAAGCAAACCCUGCUCUAUGGGGAGUACCAGGAGCACCAGGGCGGCUCGGGCAGACGUGAGGCCACGCGCCUGCUGACGGAGCGGCAGAUCCAGAAGCAUGGCAACCAUCACCGCGGCCACGCCAGGGCGCGGCGCGGCCGCCGCGGCCAGAACGGCUUCCACGGCCGCCACGCCCACCAGCAGCACGGCGUCCACGGCCGGCAGAGGAACCGGCCGCCGUCCAACAUGGAGGCGGAGGAGGAGGCGGCCGACGAGCAGGCGGCCGAACCCGACCUCACGUCCUCUCAGAAGAAGAAGCGCUCGUACUCCAAGUGCAGAGACUGCAUAGCCAGGGUGCAGCGGUUCCUCGUCACCAGGCUCGGAGAGGACUGGAUCUUCCUGAUUAUGUUGGGCAUCACGAUGGCGCUGGUCAGCUGGAGUAUGGACUACGCCAGCGCAAAGAGCCUGCAGGCUUAUAAAUGGAUCCACGGGGAGCUGAAGGGGAACAUCCCCCUGCAGUACCUGGCCUGGGUUUCCUAUCCCCUCAUGUUCAUCCUCUUCUCCUCCCUCUUCUGUCACCUGGUGGCUCCUCAAGCUAUCGGUUCUGGUAUCCCAGAGCUGAAGACCAUCCUGAGAGGUGUGGUGCUGAAGGAAUAUCUGACUCUGAAGGCCUUUGUUGCUAAAGUCAUCGGCCUGACCGCGGCCUUGGGCAGCGGCAUGCCCGUCGGCAAAGAGGGCCCGUUUGUUCACAUCGCCAGCAUCUGCGCCGCGGUUCUCAGCCGCCUGAUGUCCUUCUUUUCAGGAGUUUAUCAGAAUCCAUACUGUUACACCGACAUCCUGACCGUGGGCUGUGCCGUCGGGGUGGGCUGCUGCUUUGGGACUCCACUGGGAGGUGUGCUCUUCAGUAUAGAGGUAACAUCCACGUACUUUGCCGUGAGGAACUACUGGAGAGGAUACUUCGCUGCCACAUUCAGCGCCUUCAUAUUCAGAGUUCUGUCCGUGUUUAACAAAGAUGCAGUGACCAUCACUGCUUUGUUCAGGACAAACUUCCGCAUGGAUUUCCCCUUCGACCUGCAGGAGCUGCCAGCGUUCGCCAUCAUAGGGAUCUCCUGCGGGUUCCUGGGCGCGUUCUUCGUCUACCUCAACAGACAAGUGGUUCUGUUCAUGAGACGACCCAACGCUAUGACGCGCUUCCUCACCAAGCACCGGCUGCUCUUCCCCGCGGUGGUAACGCUGCUCAUCGCCACCUUGACCUUCCCCCCCGGGUUUGGACAGUUCAUGGCAGGAGAGCUGAUGCCCAGAGAGUGCAUCAACUCCCUCUUCGAUAACUUCACCUGGACGAAGAUUUCCGGGUCCCCUCCUCCGGUCGGGCUGGGCCUCUCCGCCGCCUGGCUGCACCCCGACGUCAGCGUCUUCGUCAUCCUGCUGCUCUUCUUCCUCAUGAAGUUCUGGAUGUCGGCCGUCGCCACCACGAUGCCGAUCCCGGCCGGCGCCUUCAUGCCCGUCUUCAUUCUAGGGGCUGCGUUCGGCCGGCUGGUCGGGGAGAUCAUGGCCACCCUGUUCCCUCACGGGAUCGUGUUCGACGGCAUCCUUUACCGCAUCAUCCCCGGAGGGUACGCAGUCAUUGGAGCAGCAGCGUUGACCGGAGCCGUGACUCACACGGUGUCUACAGCCGUCAUCUGCUUCGAGCUGACAGGACAGAUCUCCCACAUCCUGCCCAUGAUGGUGGCAGUGAUCCUGGCCAACAUGGUGGCCCAGGGCCUGCAGCCGUCCCUCUACGACUCCAUCAUCCAGGUCAAGAAGCUGCCGUACCUGCCCGAGCUCGGCUUCGGACACAUGAGCCAGUACAACAUCUUCGUGGAGGACAUCAUGGUGAGGAAGGUGAAGUUCAUCUCCUCCCAGUCCACGUACCGAGAAGUCAAACUCCUCCUGGACUCCUCCUCGCUCAACUCCAUCCCGCUGGUCGACUCCAAAGAUUCUAUGAUCUUAUUGGGCAGCAUUGACAGACUGGAGCUUCUGGCUCUCUGUGAUUGGUGGUUGUCUCCGGAGAGGAGGCUCCUGACGCAGGGUCGGAUCCUACGGGAGCAGGACCAGGGCCAGAAGCACAGCUGGGAGUCCUUCGCCUUCGUGGACGAGGACGAGGACGAGGAGGACGGAGAGAAGGGAAGCCCGGUGCAGGAGGAGAGGAACGGGCCCGUGCCCCCUCCCAAGCCUCGGGAGCCUUCGUUAAACCACACCGCCCCUGAUCCGGACCCUGAUCCUGAUCCUGAUCCUGAUCCUGAUCCUGAUCCUGGUUCUGGUUCUGGUUCUGGUUCUGAUAAAGGUCCUCUGCAGUCCAUGAGCACAACGCUCAGAAACCUCUUCACCUCUAAGAGCAGACAGACGGAGGGGCAGUCGCAGGAGCCUCGUCCUCCUCCACUGUCGGACACCAUGACACCUGACGAGAUCAAGGCGUGGGAAGAGGCUGAGAUGGACAAGCCGAUGGAGAUCGAUGAGAUACGAGUGGACCCUUCACCUUUCCAGCUGGUGGAGAGGACGUCGCUGCACAAGACCCACACCUUGUUCUCCCUCCUGGGCUUGAGUCACGCCUACGUCACCAGCAUCGGGAAACUGGUGGGAGUGGUGGCUCUGAAAGAGCUCCAGAAGGCCAUCGAGGGCUCCACCCGCUCCGGGGUCAGGCUCCGCCCUCCUCUGGCCAGUUUCCGGGACGUCAGCAACCACAAGUCUGUCUCUAAACCUCCACCUUCGUCUCCUUCCUCCCCCUCCUCCCCCUCCUCCCUGUCCUCCACUUCCCCCCCUUCGCCUGAGAUUGUUGCCGCCCAGCCUGCUCCUCCUCCUUCUUCCUCCUCCUCCUCCUCCUCUUCCUCCUCCACCACCGCCGCCACCACCGCCACCACCAAACCUCACGACCACCACCACCACCAGGAGACUGAAACAGAGGUCUGGAUCGAGGGCACGUCGAGGGAGGUGGCAGAGGGGGAGGUGGUGGAGGUGGAGGAGGAGGAGGAGGUGGAGGAGGAGGGCAGCUGUAGUACUAGUAGUACAAGUAGUAGUAGUAGUAGUAGUACAAGUACGGGGGCUUGUAGCUGCAGCUACAACAGCAACCUCAACCUCCCUCCAUCUUCCACUCCUCCCCCCGUCCCUCCUUCCUCUCCUCCUCCUCCUCCUCCUCCUCCUCCCUCCAUCCCUCCCUCCACCCUGAGGCCCCUGCAGGGACUCAACAAGGAGGACGAAGACAGUGAUGAUGAGCCGAUGGUUUAGCUUAAACUAGAGUGAUGUUGAUGUUUUUUUUAUAAUGGAAAACCUUUUUUUAAUAGUUUCUUCUCUUAAUUUUUAUUAUUUUAUUUUAUUUGACUUUGCUCUGGUCUUUGGACGCCUCUUUACCUCUUUUUAUCCCACGUUUCUGACUCCGUCUUCUGUCUCAUUGAUCACAUCUCUCCUUUCAUACGCUCUCUGUGACCUUUCAUGUUCACCUCCUACUCGUGUUUUUGUCUUUUUCUUACUUGGUUACUGACAAAUACUUUUUUAGAGUCGGGAGCAGCUUGAGAUGAGAAAACUCUUCCUGCUACACAUUUAAAAUCAUAAAGAAUCCACUUAAGUAAACACAUAAUUCCUUUUUAGCGUUAGCAUUGGCAUUAGCAUUGUCCCUCUUUGGAUUUAAAGUCUUUUUAUUAGCAUCAUUAGCUCAAAUGUGUCUUGAGAUAACGCUUUUAUAAUUUUAAAACCGUGUUUUGCAAAUUUUGCAACUUUCAGUAAAACCACAGAAUAAAAAUAAUCUGUAAAUAAUAAAAAAAAUGUCGGGUUAACACAACAAAAGCACAAACCUAACUUUAUUUUGACCAGAGGUUUUAUUUCUCUGAGCUUUACUUAUAAUUUCCAGUAGUUUUGAACAGACGUAGACGCCACUUUCUCCGAAUAACUCAUUUUGAAGUUAAAUAAUGGUUUUAUUUGAGCUUUUUUCUCACUUCUGGGUGUCAGAACUCUUUCAAAGUCAUUUUAAAAUUAGAUAAUAGACGAGUAAUUUGUCUAAAUUUGACUUAAAAUACAUAUUUCGACGAACAAAAGUUGCAGCUUUAGCUUUGGUCUGCUCAUAAUAACGACAAAAAAACUCAUUUUAAAACAUAAAGAAUCCACUUAAGUAAACACAUUAAUUCCUUUAUAGCAUCAGCAUUGUCCCAUUUAAAGUCUUUUUAUUAGCCUCAUUCGCUCAAACGUCUCCAGAUGAACCCAGUGAACCUCAACUCAUUUGUGCCUCUCAUGUGGCUUUUAUAGGUUUAAUACUUUCAUCAUUUUAAAUAACUGAUUUUGAUAUUAAAUAUUGAUUUUAUUAGAUCUUUUUUUUUUAACUUCUGGGUGGCAGAACUCUACCAAAGUCUUUUUAAACACAGAUAGAAUUUGUCUAAUCUGUCUAAAUUUGUCAUAAAAUGCUAAUUUUACCGAGGAAAGUUGCAGCUUUAUCUGUGGUCUUAUCAUAGUAAAAACAAAAUAACCCUAAAUCAUAACGAAUUCAUUUAUGUAAACACAUUAGUUCCUUUGUAGCAUUAGCAUUGUCCCAGUUGGGAUUUAAAGUCUUUUUAUUAGCCUCAUUAGCACAAACGUCUCCAGAUGAACCCAGUGAACCUCGGCUCGUUUGUGCCUUUUAUCAGAUGAGAUCAGUCGCUAUUGAUUUUUUUUUUUUAACAGAGCUGCAGAUUCCAAAGCCCCAACGUCCACCUCCAAAAACCUUAAUCACUGGCUUUAAAUCACAGCUGACAUUUAGCUUAAUGAAUUACAUCAUUAUGACUUUACAACAAAAAACAUUAGUGCACAAUUAAAAAGUGACGUAACUUGUUUGUUCUUGGUUAUUUUUGCUCUAAAUUAUUGCUAAAUGCAGGACGUCCUUGUCCGUGCAUUUUAAAAAUGCUUCCUCAGUUGUUUUGUCUUAAAGACUCGUUGAACUACCCUCUCACCUUUUAGUGGAUUCAAUCUUACGUCGUGCUCAUAAAUCUCAGAGACUUUAAUAUCUGUGACCUCCUUCCAUCUACCAUCCAUCUCCUCUCGUCUCUGGUUUCAGUUUCUCAGGUGCCUUAAAAGUCUUUAAACCUGCAGAUUUAACAAAAAAAAAAGAUAAAAAACACAUAAAAAAAAAAACUUUUUAAAAUGUCUAAAACGUUUCUUAAGGAGUUUCUGUGCUUGUGGUUAUUUAUUUAUUCAUUGUUGUUGUUUUAGCCGAGUCAGCAUUUCUAAAACUGUGAACGACGACGUAGACGAAUAAAGUUUUAUGUGAAACGCUU